GCUGCUCCCGUGGCAGGGCUAGGAAGCGCGAGAGCCGGACACAAGCCCUUGAGUUCUUGAGGUUGCUGCAGGAAUCCAAGUGACUAAAAGCCAUGAAGUUCUGCAGCGACGGGGCCACCCAGCAAUCUGAGGAGCCCAGGAGGCAAGGAGUGGAGGCGAGCCGUUGGGAUGGGGAGUGGCCAGCGGAGCUCUCUAGCCUUUGAGGACUUUGUCUUGAAGAACCGGAGGGUGUUGCGUGAAGAGCUGAAACUAUGCGAGAGAGCCACACAAAGGAUUCUGGGAUACUCCAACAACUUCCUGCAUAAGAAGCUCAAAACAAGCAGCCAAAAGCCCGGCAGAGUUGAGCAGAAGAAGGGAAAAGGAGCUCUGGGGCUCCUCAAGCCCAUUGCAGUACUUGGCGAAGAGAAGUGCUGCGCUGCCCACUGCACUGUGGCUCUGGACCCCUGCCCCCCGCUGCAGGCCAUGCUUGUCUCAGCACUGCCCAGCACUGGCGGGGAGAUGACAUCACCUUGUACGAGGCAGCCAGCUGGCACCUUCUCUUCUGCACCGGCUGCUGCUCCAAAAGCUGCAUCCGCUUCUCUUGCUCCCUCCAGCCCCCUGCCGCCCAGAGUUCAGACUGAGCAGCAGCAUCUGCGGGGCCUUGGCUACACUAGGGAUCCAGCCCAUCCUGCACAGCCUUCACCCCUGGCCCAGUCUCUGGCUCUCUCUCAGCUUCUUGGUCCAGGCUCCGGGCUCCGUCCAGCCCGUCAGCAGAUGCAGGGAGUGGAGGAGAUAUGGCAAGACCAAGAGCUGCAGCCUCCUUUGAUCUUGAUGAGGGCAAGCAAAGGGGCUGUUCCAGGGGGCUGGUUUCUUGGCUGCUGCGUUGCAGGUGCUGAGAGGGGCCUGCUGCCCAAUGCAAAACAGAGGCUCCCGUCCCAGCUGGCUGGAGGCGAUGAGACCCGACAGCCGCCGCACACGUGGCUGCCCCAGCACUCCCGGGGGCUGGAGCAUGGAUCUCAGAACGCAGUCUGCCAGCUCAGCUACGGGGGCUGCUCUCAGCUCCACAGGCAAACGCCCAAGGACAGCAUGUGA